AUGUCCCGGAUUGACAACUCCAGGGCAUCACUUUUAAAACCACAAGCACGUCGGAAGUCCAAGUUUUUUUUUUAUAACCGAGUUUCAGCUCCACCUCCAGUCCUUGACUGUGAUGAGUUGCUGGCAGCCGCCGGGAAACGGCUGGCUGACGCGGCCCCACAGCUGCAACGGCCCGGGGUGGCACUGGUUAUCAAGAAGCGCUGGUGUGAUGAGAUCUUCGAGGGAAGCAAGAUCUGGGAGAUUCGAGGAAGUUCUUUGGCGAAGAGAGGCCGCAUUUGUAUCGCACAAUCGAAGUCGCAAAUGCUGGUGGGAGAAGUUGAAGUUGUCAACUGCCUGAAGGUGGGCCGGAAGGUGGAUGGCAAGCUGGUCCCCUGGAGCAACAGCCCCCAGGACGUGCAGAACUUCAUCGGCGCGCACGAGAAUCUGCCGAAGCAUUGCGUAGAAGACCUCAGCUGGGUGCCCUAUUCUAAGGUUUUUGCCUGGGUCCUGGACAAGAAGCUCCGCUAUGCUGAGCCACAGCCAUAUCGCCACAAGAAAGGCUGCAUCCAGUGGGUCAAGCUGGAGCCUGGCGAGGCCAAGCCCCGGCACAGCUUCGCACUGCGCCGCAGGUCGCAACUGGGGGCGGCCUCGCGAAAAGCGCGGCCGGUGCCGGUGCAGCCAGUGUUGAGUGCAGUGGCCUUGCGACCAGUGGACCUGUCUCCUGUAGAAGCUCCCAAGGUGUCCAGAGGCUGGCGCCAGCCCGCUGCACAGGCCCCGCAGGAGUCCCAGAGGCAAGAGGAGGAGAUACGAGCGAAGAUGUUGGCUGAGGAGAGAGAGCGAGAAAAACAAAAACGUGAAGAAAGGAGGCGGCUCUUACAGCUCCAAGAGCAGCCCCAAAAUCCCCAAGCACCGCAGCCACAGCAGCCACCGCCCAAAGAGAGGAUUCUGGGGAGCUCCUAUCGAAGUGGCCCAGUGCCGGCGCCGAAGCGUGCGCCUUCGUCUGGCAGGCGCUAUGCAGAGGACGUGGUGCCUCACUGGGGCGAUGUGCGUGUGGGCGACCACAAUCCUGCCAAGGGCAUGCCGCUGAUCUCGCCUGCACCUCAAGUUGGUGGCCCAGAGUUGGGUCGUUUGACUUACGCCAGUGGCUUUGAAGAAGGCUAUCUAGCUGGAAAGGAGGCAGCGCGUUCCAAGAAACUCACGUGGAGUCAGUAUGCCGUUUCCAUUGAGAAGGUGAUUUGGGGCCAUGGAGCCGCCACCAUGGCCUUUUCCGGGGAGGCUCCGCCUGGUUUCUUGCAGAAAGCCUGGCAAAAACUCUUUCCAAGUGGAUCUGGCGCCUUUGUACCGCGCAAUGUGAGCGAGGCGUAUGAAGCUGCCAGGCAGCAUCAACGGCAGACCAGCUGAGA